CAACAAAAAGCAAUUAGACUUCCUCAUCUAACUUUCUGUCGUUCCAAUCGAAUGACUUUUUUACUUUCAUUCACUUUUGAUUCUCUUAAGAUUGGUAGUAACUCUAUUAAUUACGGUUGACUUAUAAAGGAGGACUUCUUUCUUUCUGCUUUUCUAUGUAGAAUUUUCAUCUCUAUUGUCCAAUAAAGAAGCAUGCAAGUUUCAUCAAAAAGAGAACCAAAAACCAUUUGAAUUUUCCCUCCUCUCUCCAUGAAUCCUAUUCUGUUUCUUCUUGUACUCCUUCACCUAAUUCAUUUCUGUAUAGCGGCGCCGCCCUUUUUCCAUCCGCUUGAUCCUCUAAACCCGACGGAGCUCGACGAGAUUCGGCUCGCUAUCAAGAAAUCCCACCUUGGAAAGCUUCCAAAUCUCACGUUCCACUUCGUUGACUUGGAAGAACCAGAGAAGAAGGAUGUUCUUUCCUGGCUUUCUUCCGGCGAACAAAACAACCCCCUCCACCGCCCGCCCCGCCACGCCAAGGUUGUGGUUCGAGCAGCUGAUUCGACCCACGAGAUAGUUGUAGACCUUGACACGCACUCUGUUAAGUCUGACAAUAUCUAUAAUGGCCAUGGCUAUCCCCCUCUAACUUUUGUUGAGCUUUUCCAAGCCAGCAAAUUACCUCUCAAUUUCCCCAAAUUCAAAGCUUCCAUUCAUAAAAGAGGCUUGAAUCUGUCUCAUGUUUCUUGCAUACCGUUUACCGUUGGCUGGUACGGCGAAAAAACGACCAAAAGGCUUUUAAAAGUCGCGUGCUUUUACAGAGAAGGAACAAGCAAUGUCUUCUCAAGGCCAAUCGAAGGUAUCAUCACACAAAUCGACGUCGAUUCGAUGAAAAUCAUCAACUACUCCGAUCGCUUCAUCGCCCCUUUACCGAAAUCGGAAGGCACCGAUUACCAAUCACGGAAAACAGACCCCAAAUCUUCCAAUUGCAAAGCGGCGAAAAGAAGAUUCACCAUUGAAGGUCAUCAAGUGAAAUGGGAAAAUUGGGUUUUCCACGUGGGAUUCAAUGCUAGAGCGGGAGUUAUUAUCUCAACAGCUUCCAUUUUCGACGAGGAGAAGAAGAAAUUCAGACGAGUGCUUUACAGAGGACAUAUUUCAGAGACGUUUGUGCCGUAUAUGGAUCCGACGAAUGAAUGGUACUUUAGAACGUUUAUGGAUAUCGGAGAGUUUGGAUUCGGACGGGCGGCAGAUACUCUGCAGCCAAUGGUUGACUGCCUGGAAACCGCCGAGUAUGUUGACGGAUACAUGGCCGACGCCAAUGGGGGAGCUCAGAAAGUAUCGAGAGCUAUUUGUAUCUUCGAACGCCAAUCCGGAGAUGUUUUAUGGAGACAUACUGAGAUUAACAUCCCAGGAAAAGUGAUUAGAGGUGGGGAAGCAGAGAAGAGUUUGGUGGUGAGGAUGGUGGCAACUGUUGGGAAUUAUGAUUAUGUUCUUGACUGGGAAUUCAAAAGAAGUGGCUCUAUUCAAAUUGGGGUUGCUUUAACGGGGCUGUUGGAAGUUAAAGCCACACCGUACAAAAACACAAUGGAUAUAACCCAACAAACAUACGGUACAUUAAUCGCCGACAACACCGUUGCCGUUAACCACGACCACUACCUAACCUACUACCUCGACCUCGAUGUUGACGGCACCGCCAACACAUUCGUCAAAUCCAACUUCGUGAAGGCAACGGUGGAGGACAUCAAUGCCACCUCACCUAGGAAAAGUUACUGGAAAAUUGUCCGACAAACCAUUCAAACCGAAUCUGAAGUUAAGCUUCUGCUCGGAUCCGAUCACCCAGGUGAGCUCUUGUUCGUCAACCCCAAUAAGAAGACAAAGAUUGGGAAUCCGGUUGGUUACCGGCUCAUUACGGGUCAACCUGUUAAUUCUCUACUGAAUGACGAUGAUUACCCUCAAAUAAGAGGGGCUUAUACCAAGUACCCAUUGUGGGUGACUCCUUAUAACAAGUCGGAGAGAUGGCCGGCUGGGUUUUAUGCUGAUCGGAGUCGUGGUGAUGAUGGCUUAGCUGUUUGGACGAAAAGGAAUAGGAGAAUCGACAAUAGAGAUAUUGUUCUAUGGUACACAGUGGGUUUCCACCAUAGCCCUUGCCAAGAAGAGUUUCCGGCGAUGGCAUCCCUCCAUGGCGGCUUCGAGCUACGACCGACUAAUUAUUUUGACAGGAACCCUUUGCUUAAAUAAAAUGACCAAUUCAAAUUGUAUUGUUCAUAUGGGAAAUUCAAUUAACUUGUGGAAAACUCUAUUGACUUUCUACUUUUCAAACCAUUGAUUGAAUAACAAUUUUUUGUGUUUUA